GGGGCCGGGCCGGGCCGGGGGAGGCGCCGAGCCGGGACUGCGCGCUCGCCCGCUGCGCUGGGCGGCCCGACCGAGCGGCCGGUCCUCGAGCCUCGCGCGCCCGGCGUCGCCGCCGGCUUUUGUUGUCUCCGCCUCCUCGGCCGCCGCCGCCUGCGGACCACGAGCCGCGCGCUGGGACCUUGGCUCUGCCCUUCGCGAGCCCGGGCUACGCGGGCCCCACCGGACCCGAGAGAGGCACGGCGAGCGGCCGGGGGCGCCGCGGCUCCGCCAUGGAGCUCCGGGCCGGCGGCUGGUGGCUGCUCUGCGCGGCCGCCGCGCUGGCCUCCUGCGCCCGCGGGGACCCUGCCAGCAAGAGCCGGAGCUGCGGCGAAGUCCGGCAGAUCUACGGUGCCAAGGGCUUCAGCCUGAGCGACGUGCCCCAGGCAGAGAUCUCCGGCGAGCACCUGCGCAUCUGCCCCCAGGGCUACACCUGCUGCACCAGCGCGAUGGAGGAGAACCUGGCCAACCGCAGCCGUGCGGAGCUGGAGACAGCGCUGCUGGACAGCAGCCGUGCCCUGCAGGCCGCGCUGGCCGCCCAGCUGCGGGGCUUCGACGAUCACUUCCAGCGCCUGCUGAACGACUCGGAGAGGGCGCUCCAGGACGCCUUCCCCGGCGCCUUCGGGGAGCUGUACACGCAGAGCGCCCGGGCCUUCCGGGACCUGUACGCGGAGCUGCGCCUCUACUACCGCGGGGCCAACCUGCACCUGGAGGAGACGCUGGCCGAGUUCUGGGCCCGGCUGCUCGAGCGCCUCUUCAGGCAGCUGCACCCGCAGCUGCUGCUGCCCGAUGACUACCUGGACUGCUUGGGCAAGCAGGCUGAGCCCCUGCGGCCCUUCGGGGACGCCCCGCACGAGCUGCGCCUGCGCGCCACCCGCGCCUUCGUGGCCGCGCGUGCCUUCGUGCAGGGCCUGGCCGUGGCCGGCGACGUGGUCCGGAAGGUGGCCCAGGUGCCCCUGGGCCCCGAGUGCUGGCGGGCCGUCACGAAGCUGCUGUACUGCGCGCACUGCCUGGGGGUGCCCGGCGCCCGGCCCUGCCCGGACUACUGCCGCAACGUGCUCAAGGGCUGCCUGGCCAACCAGGCCGACCUGGACGCCGAGUGGAGGAACCUCCUGGACUCCAUGGUGCUCAUCACCGACAAGUUCUGGGGCCCGUCGGGUGCGGAGAACGUCAUCGGCAGCGUGCACCUGUGGCUGGCCGAGGCCAUCAACGCCCUCCAGGACAACCGUGACUCGCUGACUGCCAAGGUCAUCCAGGGCUGCGGGAACCCCAAGGUGAACCCCCACGGCCCCGGGUCUGAGGAGAAGCGGCCGCGGGGCAAGCUGGUGCUGCAGAAGCCGCCUGCAGGAGCGUUGGAGAAGCUGGUCUCAGAGGCCAAAGCCCAGCUGCGCGACGCCCAGGACUUCUGGAUCAGUCUCCCGGGGACGCUGUGCAGCGAGAAGAUGGCCAUGAGCGCGGCCAGCGAUGACCGCUGCUGGAACGGCGUGGCCCGGGGCCGGUACCUCCCCGAGGUGAUGGGCGACGGCCUGGCCAACCAGAUCAACAACCCGGAGGUGGAGGUGGACAUCACCAAGCCCGACAUGGCUGUCCGCCAGCAGAUCAUGCAGCUGAAGAUCAUGACCAACCGGCUGCGCAGCGCUUACAACGGCGAGGACGCGGACUUCCAGGACGCCAGUGACGAUGGCAGCAGCUCUGGCAGCGGGGACGGCUGCCCCGAUGACGUCUGCGGCCGGAAGGUCAACAGGAAGAGCUCCAGCUCGCGCAAGAGCCUGACCCACGCCCUCCCCGGCCUGUCGGAGCGGGAGGGCCAGCAGACCUCGGCCGCGGGCCGCCCCCAGCCCUGUGCGGCCCUCCUGCUCCUGCUGCUCACGCUGGGCCUCUCAGCGGCCGGGCCCCGGUGGCGGUAACUGCCCGGGGACCGACGCCAAGGACGGACUUUGCCAAAACUCGAACAGACGAUAUUUAAUUCCCCUGGGCCUAGCGGCCUGGGGCAGGACAGGGAGGAACAGUGAGCGACUGCUGCUCUGUGACGCACGGGGGGCAGGUGGCCCCCCAGGCCUGGCUUUGCCAUCACCCUGGCUCUUAAUUUUGUGUGAGGCCCUCAGGUCAGCCGGGAACAAUGUCCCCCCAAAGCCAUGUAUUUCAGGGACCUUCCGUGGGCCCAGGAUCUGUGCGCCCCCGCUCACGCAGGCCUGGGGCCGCCUCCUGGGCCCCCCGCCCCGCCUGUCCACGCGCCUCCCCCAGGUCCUUGCCCGGUCCCCGCCCAGAGCUGGGGCCUGCGGGGAGGCGCCUGGAGCCUGUGCCUUCCUCUCCCACCGCCUCCCGUGACAACUAGGGGCCCAGGUGUCAGAAAGUGAGGCCUACCCCAAGCACCCGAGAACCCUCGAGAGGGCGCAGGGUUUCUGCCACCUGGGAUCUCGAGGGGCUUUGAGAUGAUGCAUGAACCCCUCAUAGGCAGCCAGGCCCCCUUCCUGCGAUACCACGGGCCCUGGAGCCCCUGAAUCAGCUCAGAGCCUGUUGGGCCAAGUAGGCCCUGCAGACCUCGUCCCUGCCAAAGACCUGCUUGGGGGGGGACCCCAACGCACCCCGAGCAGCAGCCCACACAGCACAUGCCUGGGGCUCUGCUCGCGGUUGUCUGCAGGUGGGCUUGCUGCUCCUGGCCGUCCCCGAAGGCAGGCGGCCCCUCCGCCCCUGGAGCCGGGCCUCGGCUCAGGCCCUUCAGGCGUGAGGGGGAGCAACCUGGCCGCCACCCCCCUACUGUCCUCCCCAGACCCAGGGCCAGGUGCCAGCUCAGGGUGACGUGGGCCAGGGCUGCCGAGCGGUGGGUGCAACUGAGCUCAGGGCCAGCGUGCCCCGGCACGGGGGCUGAGGGACGCUGGGGUCCCUUCCUCAGCCUGCCCACGGCAGGGAGCCUGCGAGCGCUUUGACAGUUAAGGGCUUUUCAGACGUGCAGAUGUUUUUGCAAAUGCUUCCCAUCCUUGUUCACUGCGAGCUGUUUUUUCAGCUCCUUCCUAACAGCUUUCAAAGGAUGCCCUUCCGUGGGCCCAGCAUCGGGG